GCGUGUUUCCCACAAGAAAAGAAGUCUCAAAUGUCCCAUUGAAAGGCGGCGGAGGUUCAGGAAAGGAAGGAGAGAGAGAGAGGGAGAGAGAGAGAGAAACACAGCGCGCGAGACAAAAGAGAUUGUGCGGCUGCGCUGCUGGCUGUCGGACUCUCAGCUUCUCCUCGGCGGCUCUGAGACUCGUUAGCCAUCUUACUCCUUAUUCUCAUUCUCCGACUUUGAGCAGAGCAGAGCAGAGCAGAGCAGGGUGGAGAGCAUCUACAAACAGCUUUCUUUCUUUUACUCGAAGUAAGAGUGAAGACGAGACUCGGGCGCAUCUUUGAUCAGCGCCGCUGCUACACUACACACACACACACACUAUACACACAGUACACUAUACACACAGUACACUAUACACUACAGUACACUAUACACACAGUACACUAUACACUACAGUACACUAUACACUACAGUACACUAUACACUACAGUACAGUAGACGGUGCUGCUGCUCGGCGAUAAACAGAACAAAGAGCUAGUUGGAGUAAAAGGAAAUGAGCCCAGCUUUAGUCCAACACUGAAACGAGAAACCAAAUGCACUUCUGAGCUCUGAGAGCCUCAAACUCUCCGUCUGUCUCUUCUGCAACAAAAACACUGGAAGAGGAAGAAGAAGAAAAAGACCGCAAAACCACAACACACCAUGUUUCCACAGAACAGACCACCGGCACCUCUCCAGCCACCCCCUGGGGCCUCUGCCUCGGCCGCAGCUGCGGCAGCAGCAGCGGCUGCAGCAUCAGGAACAGCUCAGUCACUAAAACUCACUUACCCUGAGACCCUGGACCGCAUUAAAGAGGAGUUUCAGUUCCUUCAGACUCAGUACCACAGCCUAAAGCUCGAGUGUGAGAAACUGGCCACAGAGAAGACGGAAAUUCAGAGACACUAUGUCAUGUACUAUGAAAUGUCCUAUGGCCUGAACAUUGAGAUGCACAAACAGACGGAGAUUGCUAAGCGAUUGAAUGUGAUCUGUGCGCAGCUCAUCCCAUUUCUCUCACAGGAGCACCAGCAGCAGGUGGUCCAGGCCAUGGAACGCGCCAAACAGGUGACUAUGGGGGAGUUGAAUGCGUCGAUAGGGGUACGUGGACUCCCCCCUCUGCCUCACACACAACAGCUGCAGGCUCAGCACCUUUCCCAGCAUGCUGCUCAGGCUCUGCCCAUGGCUCCUCACCCAUCAGGGCUGCCCCACCCGGGAUUGGCUCUGGGGGGCAGCUCGGGCUUGCUGGCUCUGUCGGGGGCACUUGGGGCACAGCUGGCUGCCAAGGAUGAAAGAGCACAUCUGGAGGCUGUAGCAGCGGCGGCGGCUGCUGCCGAGCACCACCGAGACCGUGAGGCGGGACCAAGCUCCUUAUCAAAUGGAGACAAAGGCCGGCCAUCAGACUACCUCAGUAAUGGAAAGAAAAGGAAAUCAGAUGAGAAGGAAUUCACAGACUAUGGUAGUGACGCUGACAAGAGUGAUGACAACUUGGUAGUGGAUGAGGACCCUUCGUCUCCACGCAGCGUGCACUCGUACUCCUCCAGAGAGAAUGGUCUGGACAAGCUACCCCCCUCCAGGAAGGAGCCUCUGCCUCAGGCCAGCCCCACCUCCCUGACAUCCUCCUCCAGCAGCGCCUCACCCUCUCGCAACAAAGAGCCUCCCCCAAGGGAAAAGUCUAGUACCCCAGGGCUGAAACCAGGCACGCCCAUGUCUCAAGAUUCCUCCACCCCCGGCCCCAGUGGCCCACCACAAUUCCGCUCUGUCCCGGGUAAAGCAGUUGUGGACCCUCUGGCUCUGGGUGUGAGGAACCCAUUGGCGGUGCAGGGUGUGUAUCCUCCUGGUGCUUUCGGUCUGCCUCCUCCAGGGGUGAACGGCGAGCUUGCUGGAGCAGCCGCAGCAGCAUACGGCGCUGGACUCCACCUCGUCUCACCACAGAUGAAUGGCUCCGCCGCUGUAGCCGCUGCCGCUGCUGGAUACGGACGCUCCUCUGUGGUGGGCUAUGAGUCUCCUCACCCACACAUGAGGGUCCCUGGCCUUCCUGCUAGCCUCCAGCCUGCAGCCUCAGGAAAGCCUGCGUACUCGUUCCACGUGAGUGCAGAUGGACAGAUGCAGCCUGUGCCCUUCCCACCUGAUGCUCUCCUGGGCCCAGGCAUCCCGCGCCACGCCCGCCAGAUCCACACACUCAGCCACGGAGAGGUGGUGUGUGCCGUCACCAUCAGCACCUCCACUCGCCACGUCUACACUGGCGGCAAAGGCUGCGUCAAAGUGUGGGACAUCAGCCAGCCGGGCAGCAAGAGCCCCAUGGCCCAACUCGACUGUCUGAACAGGGACAACUAUAUCCGCUCGUGCAAGCUCCUCCCAGACGGGAGAACUUUGAUAGUUGGAGGUGAAGCCAGCACUCUGUCCAUUUGGGACUUGGCCACGCCCACUCCACGCAUCAAGGCGGAGUUGACGUCCUCAGCUCCAGCGUGUUACGCGCUGGCCAUCAGUCCCGACAACAAGGUCUGUUUCUCCUGCUGCAGCGACGGCAACAUCGUCGUGUGGGACCUUCACAACCAGACGCUCGUCAGGCAGUUCCAGGGCCACACUGAUGGAGCCAGCUGCAUCGACAUCUCCAACGACGGGACCAAACUGUGGACUGGGGGACUUGACAACACGGUGCGCUGCUGGGACCUGAGAGAGGGUCGACAGCUUCAGCAGCACGACUUCACCUCCCAGAUCUUCUCCCUGGGCUACUGUCCUACAGGAGAGUGGCUGGCAGUGGGCAUGGAGAGCAGUAAUGUGGAAGUACUGCAUGUCUCCAAACCAGACAAGUACCAGCUGCACCUUCACGAGAGCUGUGUGCUGUCACUCAAGUUCGCCUACUGUGGUAAAUGGUUUGUAAGCACAGGUAAAGAUAACCUCCUGAACGCCUGGCGAACUCCGUAUGGCUCCAGCAUAUUCCAGUCAAAGGAGUCCUCAUCAGUCCUCAGCUGUGACAUCUCGCCUGAUGACCAGUUCAUCGUGACCGGCUCAGGAGACAAGAAGGCCACUGUGUAUGAAGUCAUUUACUAAACCAGCUGCAGACUGGAUCCCGGAAGAGCAGAAGUGCCAUGCAGCUGGAAGAGCGGAAAGCGAGAUCUGACUUUGACUUUGGAGCAGAGUGGUGGACACGGAGCUGGAGAAAAGCACCUACGCCUUUUCGUUUGAUGUCCGUUAGGGACAGGCAAUGAGGCAGGACUGUGGAGCUCCAGAAGAGGACUGACCUUGUUCUUUUUUUAAUGCUGUGAGAAAGCUAGCUUCAGAGAUGCAGGAUUCCUCCAAAGACUUCUUUUGCUUUAUUGUUUUUCCUUUUGUUCUUUUUGAACAAGAUGAAUUCUCUGUAGUGAAUGAAAUAGCAAAGAGAAUAUUUUUUUUAGCCUCUGGAAAAAAUAAUUCCAUGUGGAAACGGACAGUCAAGGAGCAGCAGUGCACUGAGCAGGUACAGGGGGUUUUGAGAGGAGAGAAUAUGACAGAAUAUCUGCCAUUUCUUUUCAUCCAGUCUGUACUGGCAGCCCUGAGCGUGUAAAAAUGAUCUCUGAGUAAGCAGCAGUACAACUGUAUAAUGAAAUGUCAGGUUCGGGCUAACAAAGGGUCAUGGGGUUUUUUGGGUUUUUUUUUUUUUUUUUGGUUUUUAUUUUAACCGUCUUCAGGGACAUGGUCCACAUUUAGCACGUUUCUUGUGUAUGCUGUAUGUCUGCUCACAAUGACUGGUAUUUUGGCUUUUGUUGGAUACUUGGUGUGUAUGAACUGUAAAUAAAGCUCCUUAAAAGCAAAACUCUCUAAAAAUUGUAGUUUCUCCUCUAAAAUCCUUUUAAAUAAGACCUGGGAAUG